CACAAGCCGACGGAUGAAUGGCGGCCGUGCUGACGUCAUUCACCCACCUUGUUCGACGGAGUCGAAGGGUAGAAUAAACACACGAAUACACACCGACUCGAUCUCGCGUCUUUCUCUUGUCUUCCUUGUCGAAGCUUCGACUGUUUUCUCACGCUCGAUGAACGAAACGGCGUUAGUUAAGCAACCGUAACGCUAUGAUGUGGCUUCUGCUGCCGCUGUCCCUCCUCUGUCCGACCGUCGGAGGAGAAGGCGAAGGCGGAGGCAGCCGGAGGGUCCUCCAUCAGCCGCUGUACCCAAUUCAGUGGACCCCUCCGCCGCCCCUUCAGGAGUUCUCGGAUCCGGCGCCGGAAGGCUCUAAUCCCUCUGUCCCGGGCGUCCUUUCCCCGCCUGAGACCACGGGUCAGGCCCACGCCUCUGCCGCCGCCUCAGCCUCUUCGACUUCCUCUUCUGCGUCCGAGACGGUCGUCGCCGUCGCUGUCCCCGUCUCCAUAGCGGUCCUCGUAGUCAUUCUCUUGACGGGGCUGUACUUGUACCGACGGCGAAGGGCGGAGAGGCCGUCCGAUUCCGGGAAGCUCAUGGGCCGUUGUGAUAGCAGUGGCCGGAUGGAAAGCCGCGCAGCCUCUGCUGCUGUGCCGGCGCCGGAUUUUCUCUACCUCGGCGCCGCGGACACGGCGUCGACGGGGGCCUCAAGUUGCGGGGGAAGCCAGGAACUUAUUGGAUCGCCGCUGGGGGUGGAGCCGGUUGUGGAGAUGCAUCCCCCGAGCCCCGAGCUCCAGCCGCUACCGCCGUUGAGCGCGAUUGCUUCGAGGAAAAGUUUGGGGCGUGCUCCGACCGCAUCCUCGGACGAGGAUACUUUCUAUACUCCGCAGAAGUCAUUGGCAUCCGCCACCAGCGAGACACCAAGCAGUCCAGUAUCGCGGCGUAGCCUCCCUAGUAUGAGUAGCGGAGGUAAGGAAUUCUUGAUGAGCUCGGUGGCGGAGGCUGCCCCUCACUCACGGCGAUCAUCCCCUCGAAUGCAAUUCACCAAUUACCCUAAUUCCGAAGUGAAACAGAUGAUCCUGCCAUUGAAUCGGCAACCUCCAGCACCACCUCCGCCGCCUCCGCCACCUCCUCGACCACCUCCACGAUUGUACAAUGCCACCAGGAAUCCACCGCCUCCACCCCCGCCCCCGCCGCAGCCUCCGCCCCCGGCCCCGCCGCUGCCUUCAUCCAUUUCUGACGCGUUUACCAAAAACGAUGAAUCAAUCAACGCUCCUAUUGCACCAUUCUCGAGGCGUCGGCUACUGCAUCCCCUUCCCCCCGAAGCUACACGUAUUAACAUACCGCUCCUUCCUACGAAGCUUGGCAAUCGAGUCGCUGCCAGUUCUUCGCAUCAGAAUGACGAGGUGGGAGAACGUUUGGAUGGUGAUACGAAGCCUAGAUUAAAGCCCCUUCACUGGGACAAAGUUAAAGCAAGUUCCGAUCGAGCAAUGGUUUGGGACCAGUUGAAAUCGAGCUCAUUUCAAUUGAAUGAGGAUGCAAUGGAAACUCUUUUCAUCAACAAUUCCACAAGUUCUAUUUCUCAUAAUGAUUCGAGAAGAAGACAGGAUGCGCUCUCCUUCAAGCAUGAAAACAGAGUGUUGGAUCCGAAGAAAUCACAGAAUAUUGCAAUCCUCCUGAGGGCAUUGAAUGUAACAAGAGAAGAGAUCUGCGAAGCACUUUUAGAUGGUAAUGCUAGAUGUUUGGGAACUGAGCUUUUGGAAACUUUGGUCAAAAUGGCUCCCACAAAGGAGGAAGAACUGAAACUACGAGACUACCCAGGUGACCUACAAAAGUUAGGUUCAGCUGAGCGCUUUCUAAAAGCAGUCUUGGAUGUCCCAUUUGCCUUCAAAAGAGUUGAUGCGAUGCUAUAUAGAGCCAAUUUUGAUACAGAAGUCAAAUUUCUAUUGAAAUCUUUUCAAACUUUGGAGGCAGCAUGCGAAGAUCUAAGAAGCAGCAGACAGUUUCUUAAGCUCCUAGAAGCUGUUCUUAGGACUGGGAACAGGAUGAAUGUGGGAACCAACCGUGGUGAAGCUAAAGCAUUCAAGCUUGACACACUUCUCAAACUAGCAGAUGUGAAAGGGACAGAUGGGAAAACCACACUUCUCCACUUUGUCGUUCAAGAAAUCAUCCGGUCUGAAGGAUCAGGCACUGAGCCAACAACAGAAAAUCAAUCUAACAACCUAGGAGAAGAACAAUUCAGGAAACAAGGCUUAAAAGUUGUAGCUGGGCUAAGCAAAGAGCUUGGAAAUGUCAGACGGGCAGCUGGAAUGGACUCGGAUGUGCUGAGUGGAUAUGUCUUAAAGCUAGAAGCUGGCCUUGAGAAGAUAAAGUCUGUCAUACAGCUAGAGAAGUCAUGCACACAAGGGCUGAAGUUUUUUGAGAUGAUGAAGAUAUUUCUUGUAGAGGCUGAAAAGGAGAUCGAUCGUGUUAAAGUCAAGGAGAAGACGGUGAUGAACUCGGUAAAGGAGACUACGGAGUACUUUCACGGCGAUGCUGCAAAGGAGGAAGCCCACCCUCUUAGAAUCUUCAUGGUGGUGAGAGACUUCCUAUCAGUCCUAGAUAACGUCUGCAAGGAAGUGGGCAAUUUGCACGAGAGGACAGUGAUGGGAUCUGCUAGUUCCUUCCUAAUAUCUGGCAGUUCUUCUCAUCCAGUCUUUCAAAGGUCUGAAUGGCGACGAGAUGCCCACUCGGAUAACGAUAGCUCAUCGUCAUAUAACUGAUCAGUGAUGGUCUGACUUGUAUGCAUGCUUCAGCCGAUCUAUGUGAAGAUGAUCAGGGGAUUGAGAAUACGACCAAGUAAAACGACUCCGUGGUAUAUUGGCAGGGUCAGUUAAUGUACAAGAGGAAUAAACAAGACCUUAGAGGAAGGCACAAUCAUACAUACGGUGUUUCGUACAGUUCGAAGAUAGAGAUUAGCGUUCGGUCUCCUCCUGUUGUAAAUUAUCAGACGGGCAUAGAUAUUUAUAUUCUUUUUAAAUUAUUCAAAUUUUGUGUAGUUUUCUGCAAAA